AUGUCGAAUUCUGCGGGUGAAAUGGCGAAGAGGGAUGCUCAGCCUUGUGACAUGGAGAGGGGCGUUCCUCAGCCGCAAGUGUACGAUGUGCCACGCGUCGAUCACGCUUCUUUCGACAUGUCGAGAUAUGUCUCUCAGCCCUCGGACAUGUCUCGCAUCCCUUAUCAGUCAUUCGACAUGUCAAAAAGUGCCCAUCAAACGUAUGACAUUCCCAGGAACGUGGGCCACUCCUACGACAUGAACAGAGCCCCGGCGUUCGACAUGACCCGGAAUAUCCCGCAGACUUUCGAGAUGUCGAGAGGCGCCCACCAGUCCUUUGACAUGAGUAGGGGUGUGACCCAGCAGUUCGACAUGUCAAGGGGCGUGAACCAGUCGUUCGACAUGCAAAGAGGCGCCGCCCACAAUUACGAGAUGCCAAGAGGACCUCAGGGUUACGAGAUGCCCCGAGGGGCGCAGCAGGCCUUCGAGAUGCCCCGAGGAACGACCCAGCCGUACGAGAUGACGAGGGCGGUGCAGCAGCCGAUGGAGAUGGGACGAGGGGGGGUGGGCGCGGGGCAUCCCUACGAGUACGGCAAGGAAUACCACCCAUGCUCCGAGGUCCAGCAUAGCGGGCCUCUUAAAAAUAACCACCAGUCUGUGCACGAUGCCCAGCAAGGGAUGGACGUGCCCAUGGAAAUGCCCAAAACGGCUCCACAGUCCACAGCCAAAUCGAAAGGCGCCCAGAAGCUGGAAGUAGCCAAGAAGGCCGCUCAGACGGCGAUCCAGGCGAAGCUGGAGGCGAAGAAGGCCGAGAAGGCAAAGCAAGAAGCAGAACAGGCCGAGAGGGCGAAGCGAGAGGCCGAAGAAGCUGAGAAUGCGAGACGCCAAGCGGAGGAGGAAGAGAAAUCGAAAGCUGUCGCCCAGCCGUCGGAAAUCCUGAAGCUCUACGCUCAGCAGCUGGAGAUGGUGAAGAAGGUGUCGCAGUCGUCCGAAAUUGCGAAGAUGUACGCGAGGCAGCUGGAAACGGCGAGAACCACCUCCAAAACCAAAGAGACAAGUAUCAAGGGUUCCUUCGUACUCGUCGGGAAGAGUCCGGAGAGAGAGAGGGAAGGCGCGGACGCCACACAAGAAUAA